AUGGAUGAAAAACUUCUAAAUGCCAUGAUAGAUGAAGCACGAUUAGGCAACAAGGUUGACGGUAGUUGGAUAACCCAAGCAUACAAUAACAUGGUUCUACAUCUUCAUGAAUCGGGGUUUACUACAGUUACAAAAAACAAUGUGAAAAAUAGACAAAAGGUCUUGAAAGAGAGAUGGCGUGAUGUGCAUCAUUUAUUCUCUUCACUUAGUGGAUUUGCAUGGAAUUCACUUUCAAUGCGCUUUGAAGCAGAGGAUGAAGUAUGGUCUGAUUUGAUAAAGGCAAAGCCCACUGCAGCUAAAUGGAAAUUUACUACUAUUAGGCACUACGACCUAAUGGAGGAAUUAUGGGGAGCAGAUCGAGCCACUGGAAGUGGUGUCCGCAUAGCACGUUAA